GGGGCGCAUUCCAUUUGGCCUGAGCGCGAGAAGGAAGCAAAUUCAUAGAUGUGGUUCACGUUCACGUAUGCAGCAAACAAGACUGGAGGCAACCCUCAGAAGCUCAGGAUUGCGAGUAUCUUCACCAUAUUGUCGCAAUACUCUUGAUUCAAGUGGAUUUACGGACUUCGGUUUUACCGGUGUUUGAAUCCAGAGCGUAUUUUUCGGUUGAGCGUUAACUGAAGUGAUGAAGGCAACUCGCGCGUGAAUUACUACUGGAAACAAUAACGUUUUAGUAGACUACAUGGAUUUUCCGUCGGUUGUCAAUACUUGACCCCGCUUUUUAUCGGUUUACUACCAUACAGUUUGGGGCCAACGUAGUUAUUUGUUCAAGGAAAUGUGAGCUCAAGAAAGAUGAUGACCUGAGGCUGUCCCUAAUUCCUGUUUACAUGAAGUAGUUCAACUAUCAAACGUCCUCAAGACAGCGGAAAGGAAACGGACUAAAUUAAUUGUUGGCUACAUUGUAACAUUUCAAGCUGGCAAGUAAUGCCACUUUUUAUGUUCUAUGUCUGCUGAGUAUUCCACAGAGGAACCAAAACGCGCUCGUGACCGAGAGGGAACGGCCAAUUAACUUUGAUUUUGGGCACCAUCGAUGAGGACGCAGCAGUGAACUGACGAGUCACACAUAGAAACCCCCCAGUCCCUCCCACCACCAGCCCCCUCCCCUCCCUCUGUCCCUCUCCCCUAUUCCUGGCCCCUCUCCCCCACCCCAGACUCACCAUGCUGAUCAAGGAGUACCGGAUCCCAAUGCCAAUGAGCGUGGACGAGUACCGCAUCGCCCAGCUCUACAUGAUCCAGAAAAAGAGUCGGGAUGAGACCUGUGGCGAGGGCAGCGGAGUGGAGAUCUUGGAGAACAAGCCGUAUGAGAACGGCCCAGGAGGAGUCGGCCAGUACACCCACAAGGUUUACCACAUCGGCAUGCACAUCCCCAGCUGGUUCCGCUCCAUCCUGCCCAAGGCAGCGCUCCGGGUAGAGGAGGAGUCCUGGAACGCCUACCCCUACACCCGCACAAGAUAUACAUGUCCCUUCGUUGAGAAGUUCUCCAUUGACAUUGAGACGUACUACAAGCCAGACACAGGAAACCAGCCAGACGUCUUCAACAUGUCCCCAGCCGAGAAGAGGCUAAGGACUCUGGACCCCAUAGACAUUGUCAAAGAUCCCAUCACUCCACAUGAGUACUUGCAAGAGGAGGACCCUCGGAUCUACACGUCAGACAAGACCAAGAGAGGGCCUCUGCAGGAGGACUGGAUCGAGGAGUACAACAACAACCCAGGGAAGACGCCCAUCAUGUGUGCUUACAAACUGUGCAAAGUGGAAUUCCGCUACUGGGGUAUGCAGUCCAAGAUUGAGCGCUUCAUCCAUGAUGUAGGGCUGAGGAAGGUGAUGGUGCGGGCCCACCGGCAGGCUUGGUGCUGGCAGGACGAGUGGUAUGGCCUGACCAUCGAGGACAUCAGGCAGCUGGAGCUGGAGACCCAGUUGGCCCUGGCCCAGAAGAUGGCCCAUUUCAGCCAGACAGAGGAGGCCACCGAGGCCAAUGGAGCUGUUUCAUCCCCAGACAAGAAUCAGGAGGUCAAGGAUACCAUCAACUCUUUAGAAGCUGAGGAGGUGGUCAGUGCAGGGGGCGGGGGAGACACUCUCCAAACAAAACGAGCAGGGCUCACAAAGCAGUGGUCCACCUCCUCCAGAUCCUCCCACUCAUCCAAGAGAGGAGCGAGCCCGUCACGCCACAGCCUCUCUGAAUGGAGGAUGCAGAGCAUUGCACGAGACUCUGAGGACAGCUCAGAGGAGGAGUUCUUUGAUGCUCAUGAGGACUUGUCAGGUGAUGAAGAGGUCUUUCCCAAGGAGAUUGCCAAGUGGAACUCUAACGACCUCAUGGACAAGAUUGAGUCGGCUGAUGCAGAAGACACCCCUGGAGAGCUAUACAAGGACAUGGCAGGGGACUAUGAAAGGGAGGCCGGUGAUGAGAGACCAGAUGAGGACCUCUCCUCUCAGCAGUGUCUGCAGCCUUCUAAGAUCCACGUGCUGAUCCUGGUGCUACAUGGAGGCAACAUCCUGGACACAGGAGGAGGGGACCAGACCAGUAAGCAGGGCGAUGUCAACACCAUCAGCACUGCCUUUGACACAGUGAUGCGCUUGCACUAUCCCACCGCGCUGGGACGAAUCGCCAUCCGCCUGGUGCCCUGCCCUGCCAUCUGUGCUGAGGCCUUCUCCCUGGUGUCCAAUCUGAGCCCGUACAGCUAUGAUGAGAGCUGUCUGUCAAGCAGUCAGGACCACAUCCCCCUGGCUGCCCUGCCUCUCCUGGCCACCUCCACCCCCCAGUACCAGGAGGCUGUGGCCACCGUCAUCAUGAGAGCCAACCAGGUGUACAACGACUUCAUCAGGUCCCUGGAUGGGACAACCUUCUCUGGCCAGGUGUGCUUGAUUGGGGACUGCGUGGGAGGGAUCUUGGGGUUUGACGCCUUGUGUAUCAGCAGCCAGACUAUUGGUGAGAGCCAGAACAGCAGCCGCAGGGGAAGUGUAAUCAGCGUACAGGACCAGGACCUCCUCUCUCCAGGGAUCAUCAUCAACAGUGGGUAUGGCUCUGCCUCUCCCACCCUGGAGAGCAGCCGCCACCUGAGCCGCAGCAACAUUGACAUCCCCCGCGCAGGAGGGCCAGAUGACCCCAAGAGACCGCUGCCCCGCAAGACGAGCGACUCCUCCACAUAUGAGUUGGACACCAUCAAACACCACCAGGCCUUCCUGACUAGCCUCCACUCCAGUGUUCUGCGGCCCGACCCGUCCUCACGCAGGUCCAGCAGCAGCACCUUUCAGGAUGCAGGCUCUCUGGGGAAGUUUGAAUUUGAGGUGGCAGACUUCUUCCUCUUUGGCUCUCCUCUGGGCCUUGUCCUCGCCCUGAGGAAGACUGUCAUUCCUGUGCUGGACGUGGCCCAGCUGCGCCCUGCCUGUCAGCAGGUCUACAACCUGUUCCACCCAGCCGACCCCUUGGCCUCGCGCCUGGAGCCCCUCCUGGAGAAGAAGUUCCACCUCCUGCCACCUUUCAAUGUUCCCCGCUACACACGCUUCCCCCUGGGGGACGGCAACUCCGCUCUACUGGUGGAGACAGUCCAGAGCAACCCUCAGCUCCUGCUCGAUACUGGGCCCCCCCUCUCUUUCCGCUGUCAGGAGCCCAUCAGCGAGACCUGCAUCCCUGUGCCGGUGCUAAACUGGCAGGAGGGCUCCCUCAAGGCCACACCUGCUGUUCUGGAGUCGGAUUUUGUUCAGUCUCAUGGUGGUGUCUUCAUGGACAGUUCGUACCCCUCCUCCCCCGUUACGGGCCCCCACUGCCGGGGCCUGCGGAGGGCCAGUGAGGUCAGCAUUGCCAGCCAGGUCUCAGGAAUGGCAGACAGUUACACUGCCACCAACAUAGCCAACAUCGCAGCUCGUUGGUGGGGCACCAAGCGCGUGGACUUUGCCUUGUACUGCCCUGAUGCACUGACAGCCUUCCCCACAGUGGCACUACCGCACCUCUUCCAUGCAUCCUACUGGGAGUCCACUGAUGUAGUGUCCUUCCUGCUGCGACAGGUUAUGAGACAUGAAAACUCCAGCAUACUGGAGCUGGAUGGUAAGGAGGUGUCAGAGUUCACUCCAUCUAAACCCCGGGAGAAGUGGCUCAGGAAGAGAACCCACGUCAAGAUCAGGAAUGUGACAGCCAAUCAUCGUGUAAACGAUGCAGUGUUCACAGAAGGUGGGCUGCAGAUCGUGACUGGCCGCUUCAUGUACGGACCUCUGGACAUGGUCACACUGACUGGGGAGAAGGUGGACAUCCACAUCAUGACCCAGCCCCCGUCUGGAGACUGGGUGUACUUUGACACGGAGCUGACCAACAGCGGUGGCCGUGUGUCCUUCAUCAUCCCAGAGAGCAAACGGCUGGGGGUUGGUGUCUAUCCGGCCAAACUGGUGGUCAGGGGGGAUCACACAUUUGCAGACAGCUACCUGACAGUGCUUCCCCAUGGGACAGAGUUUGUUGUGUUCAGUAUAGACGGCUCAUUCGCUGCCAGCGUGUCCAUCAUGGGGAGCGAUCCCAAAGUUCGAGCCGGAGCAGUCGAUGUGGUCAGGCACUGGCAGGACCUGGGCUAUUUGAUCGUCUAUGUGACGGGGCGUCCAGACAUGCAGAAGCAGAGAGUGGUGGCCUGGCUGUCUCAGCAUAACUUCCCCCAUGGCAUCGUCUCCUUCUGUGAUGGCCUGGUCCACGACCCACUCAGACACAAAGCCAACUUCCUCAAGUCACUCAUGGAGGCUCACAUGAAGAUCUUUGCUUGUUAUGGUUCUACCAAAGACAUCGCGGUCUACACCUCCAUCGGACUCUCUCCCUCCCAGAUCUACAUCAUUGGCCGAUCCUCCAAGAAGAUGCAAGCUCAGUGCCAGUUCAUUACAGAGGGCUAUGCGACCCACCUCUCUCAGCUGGAGUAUAACCAGCGCUCUCGGCCAGCAAAGACUAGCAGUGCCCGCAUGGUCCUACGGAAAGGCAGCUUUGGUCUGGGUGCAAAAAGCGACUUCCUACGGAAGCGGAACCAGCUGCUGCGCACCAUCUCCGCCCAGCCGGCCUCCAGCUUGCCCAGCGGCAGUGGCCACAGUAGACCAGAGCGCACACAGAGCCAGUCAGACAGCCACAGCCAGCAUGGCCCUGGACCAGCCCAGCGCAGCAUGAGCAUUACAGCAGGCUGCUGGGGCCGCAGUGGCAGCACCAAGCUGGAGCCUGGGGUGUUCGACCCAAAGUAGGAGGAUGAAAUUGAGCAAGGACAAAGGUGAUGAGGAAAGGGAAAAGCUGCAGAAAGAGAAAUUCAAGAAAUUAAGAUUGAGAUGACCAGAGAAUAAUUUAAAGACAGGGGAGAGUGAGAUGCUGGUCGUAGGCUUUCAAAGCUCUAAAUACAGAGACAGGAAGAAGAAUGAGAGAAUACAUGCGGUAAACAGGUCAAUGGAACUUGGGGAAAGCGCAAGCUGAUCGAACAAAGUAGAUAUUUGGAAAAUCCAUCAGGAUUGAUGUAUUCUAACAGGCCCACAAUGUGGUUACUAAAAUCCGAUUUGGAUAUAUUUGGCUGUUUUCGCUGCAUAAUAUAUAAAUAUCUGAUAAAUGCUAACUCUGGUUCAAAUAUAUGGUAGUAAAGCCAGCCAUAUGGAAAUCGUUGGUGGUAAUUGAAGCCGUUUUUAAGUGUAAUGCUUGGUGACGAUGACAUAACAAUGUAUUGGGGUUGACAUCCAUAGAAGCUUUAUACUCCAAAUUAUAAACUCGGUGGUUUGAGCCCUGAAUGCUGAUUGGCUAACAACCUUGGUAUAUUUAACCUUUAUUUAACUAGGCAAGUCAGUUAAGAACAAAUUCUUAUUUACAAUGACGGCCUAGGAAAGGUGGGUUAAUUGCCUUGUUCAGGGGCAGAACGACUGAAUUUUACCUUGUCAGCUCAGAGAUUCGAUCUAGCAACGUUUCGGUUACUGGCCCAACGCUCUAACCACUAGGCUACCUGUGGCCCCGGUAUAUCAGACCGUAUACCACGGGUAAGACAAAAUAUUUAUUUUAACUGCUCUAAUUACGUUGGUAACAAGUUUAUAAUAGCAAUAAGGCACCUCAGAAGUUUGUGGUAUAUGGCCAAUAUACCAUGGCUAAGGGCUGUGUCCAGGCACUCCGCGUUGCGUCGUGCAAAGGACAGCCCUUAGCCAUAUACAGUUGAAGUCGGAUGUUUACAUACACCUUAGCCAAAUACAUUUAAUCCUAGUAAAAAUUCCCUGUGUUAGGUCAGUCAGGAUCACCGCUUUAUUUUAAGAAUGGUAAAUGUCAGAAUAAUAGUAGAGAGAAUGAUUUAUUUCAGCUUUUCUUUUUUUCAUCACAUUCCCAGUGGGUCAGAAGUUUGCAUACACUCAAUUAGUAUUUGGUAGCAUUGCCUUUAAAUUGUUUAACUCGGGUCAAACGUUUCGGGUAGCCUUCCACAAGCUUCCCACAAUAAGAUAAGGGUGAAUUUUGGCCCAUUCCUCCUGACUGAGCUGGUGUAACUGAGUCAGGUUUGUAGGCCUCCUUGCUCGCACAUGCUUUUUCAGUUCUGCCCACAAAUAUUCUAUAGGAUUGAGGUUAGGGCUUUGUGAUGGCCACUCCAAUACCUGGACUUUGUUGUCCUUAAGCCAUUUUGCCACAACGUUGGAAGUAUGCCUGGGGUCAUUGUCCAUAUGGAAAACCCAUUUGCGACCAAGCUUUAACUUCCUGUCUGAUGUCUUGAAAUGUUGCUUCAAUAUAUCCACAUAAUUUUCUGUCCUCAUGAUGCCAUCUAUUUUGUGAAGUGCACCAGUCCCUCCUGCAGCAAAGCACCCCCACAACAUGAUGCUGCCACCCCUGUGCUUCACGGUUGGGAUGGUGUUCUUUGACUUGCAGGCCUCCCCCUUUUUCCUCCAAACAUACAGUGAGGGAAAAAAGUAUUUGAUCCCCUGCUGAUUUUGUAUGUUUGCCCACUGACAAAGAAAUGAUCAGUCUAUAAUUUUAAUGGUAGGUUUAUUUGAACAGUGAGAGACAGAAAAUGUUAUAAAUUGAUUUGCAUUUUAAUGAGGGAAAUAAGUAUUUGACCCCUCUGCAAAACAUGACUUAGUACUUGGUGGCAAAACCCUUGUUGGCAAUCACAGAGGUCAGACGUUUCUUGUAGUUGGCCACCAGGUUUGCACACAUCUCAGGUUGGAUUUUGUCCCAGUCCUCUUUGCAGAUCUUCUCCAAGUCAUUAAGGUUUUGAGGCUGAUGUUUGGCAACUCGAACCUUCAGCUCCCUCCACAGAUUUUCUAUGGGAUUAAGGUCUGGAGACUGGCUAGGCCACUCCAGGACCUUAAUGUGCUUCUUCUUGAGCCACUCCUUUGUUGCCUUGGCCGUGUGUUUUGGGUCAUUGUCAUGCUGGAAUACCCAUCCACGACCCAUUUUCAAUGCCUUGGCUGAGGGAAGGAGGUUCUCACCCAAGAUUUGACGGUACAUGGCCCCGUCCAUUUGAUGCGGUGAAGUUGUCCUGUCCCCUUAGCAGUAAAACACCCCCAAAGCAUAAUGUUUCCAGCUCUAUGUUUGACAGUGGGGAUGGUGUUCUUGGGGUCAUAGGCAGCAUUCCUCCUCCUCCAAACACGGCGAGUUGAGUUGAUGUCAAAGAGCUCCAUUUGGGUCUCAUCUGACCACAACACUUUCACCCAGUUCUCCUCUGAAUAAUUUUGAUGUUCAUUGGCAAACUUCAGAUGGGCAUGUAUAUGUGCUUUCUUGAGCAGGGGGACCUUGCGGGUGCUGCAGGAUUUCAGUCCUUCACAGCGUAGUGUGUUACCAAUUGUUUUCUUGGUGACUAUGGUCCCAGCUGCUUUGAGAUCAUUGACAAGAUCCUCCCGUGUAGUUCUGGGCUGAUUCCUCACCGUUCUCAUGAUCAUUGCAGCUACACGAGGUGAGAUCUUGCAUGGAGCCCCAGGCCGAGGGAGAUUGACAGUUCUUUUGUGUUUCUUCCAUUUGUGAAUAAUCACAUCAACUGUUGUCACCUUCUCACCAAGCAGCUUGGUGAUGGUCUUGUAGCCCAUUCCAGCCUUGUGUAGGUCUACAAUCUUGUCCCUGACAUCCUUGGAGAGCUCUUUGGUCUUGGCCAUGGUGAAGAGUUUGGAAUCUGAUUGAUUGAUUGAUUGCUUCUAUGGAUAGGUGUCUUUUAUACAGGUAACAAGCUGAGAUUAGGAGCACUCCCUUUAAGAGUGUGCUCCUAAUCUCAGCUCGUUACCUGUAUAAAAGACACCUGGGAGCCAGAAAUCUUUCUGAUUGAGAGGGGAUCAAAUACUUAUUUCCCUCAUUAAAAUGCAAAUCAAUUCAAAACAUUUUUGACAUGGGUUUUUCUGGAUUUUUGUGUUAUUCUGUCUCUCACUGUUCAAAUAAACCUACCAUUAAAAUUAUAGACCGAUCAUUUCUAUGUCAGUGGGCAAACGUACAAAAUCAGCAGGGGAUCAAAUACUUUUUUCCCUCACUGUAACAUUAUGGCCAAACAGCUCUAUUUUUGUUUCAUCAGACCAGAGGACAUUUCUCCAAAAAGUAUGAUCUUGGUCCCCGUAUGCAGUUGCAAACCGUAGUCGUUUUUUUAAAAAUGGCAGUUUGGAGCAGUGGCUUCUUCCUUGCUGAGUGGCCUUUCAGGUUAUGUCGAUAUAGGACUCGUUUUACUGUGGAUAUAGAUACAUGUUUCCUCCAGCAUCUUCACAAGGUCCGUUGCUGUUGUUCUGGGAUUGAUUUGCACUUUUCAUACCAAAGUUCGUUAAUCUCUAGGAGACAGAACGCGUCUCCUUCCUGAGCGGUACGACGGCUUUGUGGUCCCAUGGUGUUUAUACUUGCGUACUAUUGUUUGUACAGAUGAACGUGGCACCUUCAGGAGUUUGGAAAUUGCUCCCUAGUCUGAACCAGACGCGUGGAGGUCUACACUUUGUUUCUGAGGUCUUGGCUGAUUUUCUUUUGAUUUUCCUAUGAUGUCAAGCAAAGAGGCACUGAGUUUGAAGGUAGGCCUUGAAAUACAUCCACAGGUACAGCUCCAAUUGACUCAAAUGAUCAGAAGCUUCUAAAGCCAUGACAUAAUUUUCUGGAAUUUUCCAAGCUGUUUAAAGGCACAGUCAACUUCUGACCCACUGAAAUUGUGAUACAGUGAAUUAUACGUUAAAUAAUCUGUCUGUAAACAAUUGUUGUAAAAAUGUGUCAUGCACAAAGUAGAUGUCUUAACCGACUUGCCAAAACUCUAGUUUGUUAACAAGACAUUUGUGGAGUGGUUGACAAACAAGUUUUUUUAUAACUACAACCUAAGUGUAUGUAAACUUCCAACUUCAACUGUACCACACCCCCUCGGGCCUUAUUACUACAUUUUACCCCAACAUUGUGUUAAAUACAUGUAUAAACAAUAGCAUAAAUGUAGGUUAAUUUUGAUGGGCAACAAUGAGGAGAUUGGGAAGGGGUGGUUGUGUGUGUGUGUGGUGUUUCCAAUGUUUUGGUCAAAUUCCAUUGAUCUCUUUGCCACAUCUAUACAGCAUUGAAAAACUUUGGUGCUACGAACCAGUCUUUAUUAAAGCAACACCAUCAAUAUACCUGAAUCAACAAAACCAACCACAGGCGGAGGCUGAGGCAAUGUCUCUUUUUUUCUUCGGACAUUGACACAAUGGAGAAAAGCCGUUUAAGAAGCAUCUUAUUUAAGCAAGGAACAUGCAUGCACAAUACACAAACAAACCUCUGGCCAACAAUAGGAAGAGACUCCUAAAGAAAGAGACUUGGACUGUUUCCGAGUUGCAUAUUGUUUCUAGUUUUUAUUUAUUAUAUUCACCCUAUAUGUCUUUAAUACCAUAUCGAUAUACACAGUGUGUCUCCUGGACUCCAGCGUCCUCAUGCUGCCAGUUUGGUUUAACUCCUGAUAGAUCCAUGUUCCCCAACUCCCACCCUGGGUUAUGCAGGUGGGUUGUAUCCUCCCUGCAUCAUGACACAGUCUACAGUCUCCAGAACCACACACAUACAGCCAAAAUAGAAUUAUAGCAGUGCUUCAGCAGCUGCAACACUCAAGUCUGUAUACCAAUUGCGCUUUGAUUACAGUUGAGAUCCCAAUCAUUGUCUGUUUUAUCAUACAGAACAUGUUACAUUAUAGUCCACUGUAAUCAUUGCCUAUACAACAAAGUAUAUUUAUGUAUAUCA